AUGGGUGCUUCCAACGGUCUUCCAACCACUACCGAUUCUGGCGAGGUCACCAUGACCUUCCACCAAGUCAACCAGGAUGGUGCUGGACCAUUGACCGCAAAGAUUGAUGCUACCUCUGGAGGAACUGACCCCAAGGCAUUCAAGACGGCCGAGGUCACCCAGAAUGUUCCAGGUAUUGGAAUUGGAGGUUUAUCCGCCGCAUCCACCAUGGACUUUCCAGUUAAGGUUCAAAUGCCAGCAGGUUCGUUCUUGUAUAUCACUCGUCAUGCUUUGACAAUUGCUAACCUGAACCAGGUAUGACAUGCUCUGGCUCAUCUGGUGGUGCUUCAAAUGUCUGCAUCGUCAAGGUCCAGAACGGCGCAGCAGCUGGUCCAUUCGGUGGAUCUGCAGCUUUCACUCAAUCCCCCGCAGUCAAGAAGCGUGCUAUCGAGUAUAACCUUAAGAAGCGCAACUUCGCACGUGCUCUUGCAGCAGCAGCUGCUGAUGAUGAAGACGAUGAAUAA